CUUGGCGUCUCAAGACCGGAAAUACAAAACAGGCAAUUAGAAUCAUCAUGGCGCCGCGUAGUGGUUGCUCAGGAAAACUGUAGAUAUGUAUUAGCAUGACUCGACUCCAGUGGACUGAAAAAAUGGCCAUCUUGACUCUGUGAAGUAUCGCCAUGUUUUUUGACCAUUUUUACAUAUGUAAUACCUUAAACAUUCAGUAGCGGUUUUAACCACCACGCAAACCACGCAAUUGCAUGGGGCCCCGGAUGUAGAGGGGCCCCCGCCCCAGUAAGAAAGCUCCUACAUGUUUUGGGUACACGCGCGAAUACGCUGUUGUCAGUGCUUUCAGAGCGGUUCAUGUUAGAGGUCUGGCAGGUUCUGGUCAGUUUUUCAAGUAGGACUUUGGGUACGGGUUUGUAAUUUAUGAAAAAAUAUAUUGGCCUUCCAAACUUGUUUCGCCCUUGCACUCUCACUCACAGAUGUGCGUGAACAGAAAAGUUAGGGGCUAUUCACACCGAACGUGUUUUUGUGUGCGUCUGCUCUGUUUUUCCAUUGUUUUCCUACGUAAACGUGCAGGACGAACGUCCUUGACUGCUGCACCGCGUCUCGCUGUUUCUUAAGUGUCUUACACAGGACCGGCACAUUUCAAGACACAGUGUCAAGUUAAUAAGAGCUUCAGGUUUCAAAAACGCAUGUCGACAUCUGCAUUCUGUUUAAUUCGUUGCGCUGCAUCUAGAUGGUUUUUAGCGCAUAUGUGUCACAAAGAUUUAACAUUCUGAACAAGUUCAGGUUGCAAAGAGAUGAGUGUUACAAUGUUUAACAUUAUUCCAGAUUGUUCUGCCCCAAGCAAAGUUUCAGCACUUGAUAAACACCAAUGAUGUUUUUUCCUUUCUGCUCUAGUGCUGAGGGGCCACUGUGCCUUGUAUGUUUACUGUUACAGUACUGUUACUAAUGUUGCUUACGAUGCUUACAUAAAAUACUGCCUUUUGCAACAUGGUAAACAAUACACUGCAGUGUUAGAAUAUAAGCUCCAGGUUAAAGUAAAUAAGACAGGAAUAUAUUACUAUUGUAUAAAACAAAUCCUCAAAGUAAUAAUAAUAAUAAUACUAUAUCAUAUUGUAAUGACAAACUGUACAACAAUAAAUAAUUGUUGGGUUAUAAUAUUAAUUAAUAACAACUGAAUUCCAAAAUGUUAUUGAGUGAAGUAGUAGGUUUUGCACACCCUGUUCAAAAAAAAAAUUAAAUAAAAAAAUGAAAAAUGUUUUGUACAAAUAUAUGUAUAUAUGCUUUUUAAUCACUGUAUUGUGGAAAAACUGGAAAACAUGCAUGGAUUAUCUUUAACUAGAUUUCUAUUUCAUUAAACAUUUUGAAUGUACUUGGCUACAAAGGCUUAUAGAAUGAAUUUAAAAUUAUGAUUUAAAAUCAAUUUUAUGUAAUUUUUUAAGCACAUUUUUUUUAAUGGGGCCCCGGGUUAAUCGGUUGCUUGGGGCCUCAGAAAUCGUAAACCUGCCCCUGUAAACAUUACAAAACCCACUAAGAAUUUACGCCAAUGCCAGUGAAAACACUGGAGACCGGAAAUACAAAACAGGCCAUUAGAAUCAUCAUGGCGCCGCCCAGUGGUUGCUCAGGAAACCUGUGGAUAGCCAUUUCUAACCAAAAUAUGACUUGCACUCCCAGUUUAGGGAGUAAAGGGAGCACCAUUCUACUUAAAAAAGGGGGCUUACAACAAGUGCUUAGUCAGGGCCUGGAAAUGGAGAGCUUCACACCUGAGAAUCACAAGUGCUUCAGCUGGAAUGGGUGGAAAAAUUUACUGCUGCCGCAGUUGAACAGACGCUCACUGUAUGUCUACGGCAGUGAGGUGGCUGUGGAGAAAGAGUGCAUUAGACAGAGAGAGGGAGGCGUUUUGGUCAUCCAUCCCUUCAGCCGUUUAAGGAGUUACUACAUCAUGUGUAUGGUGGCCAUAACUUUUCUGAAUCUAAUUGGAAUCCCAAUGGAGAUUGCCUUUCUAGACGGCCACAGUGGAGUAGGUUGGGAGGGUUUUAACGUGUUCUCGGACACACUGUUCCUGAUUGACGUUGGGCUUAACUUUCGCAUGGGUAUCAUUAACGAGGACAGUGAGGGAGCCAUUCUUGAUUUGAAAAGGAUUCGACAACGUUACUUAAAGAGCUGGUUUGUACCUGAUAUGGUGGCAGCAUUCCCAGUUGGCUACAUACUACUUAUUGCGGACCUACAAUACCAUGAUGACUCUCCUUCAUCAAAGGCAAGCAAAAUGAUGCGCAUUCUGAUGUUUGUGAGAAUCCUCAGCCUUGUCCGCCUACUGCGUGUAUCCCGGCUUGUACGGUUUUUCAAUGAGGUGGAGAGGGUUUCCAAUGCUAACUUGGAGGUUGUGAGGGUAUUCCUAAGAAUCUUGUCUUUAUUUAUGAUGAUUUUCCUGCUGUGUCACUGGAAUGGCUGUAUUCAGUAUUUUGUACCUAUGCUUGAGGAGUUUCCUUCAGACUGCUGGGUUAGAAAAGAGAAUCUACUGAAUGCCACAGUGGGAGAGAAGUAUUCUUUUGGAGUCUUUCGGGCGCUCUCUCAUAUGACUGCAAUAUCAUAUGGUUCCUCUGAAACACCAACAAAUGAGGUCGAGCUGUGGAUUGUCAUGACUAGCAUUGUGUCUGGAGCCCUAAUGUACACAGUAAUGGUUGCAAACACCGCUGCUAUGAUGACUGAUGUGGACACAACAGCAAGAACAUACAAGAGCAAGAUGAAUCAUCUGGAAGAUUACAUGACUUUCAUGAAGCUUCCCAAAGCCCUACGUAUGCGUAUCAAUGACUACUUUCAGGCUCGUUAUGCAGGAAAAUGGUAUGAUGAGAAGGACGUCCUAAAAUGGGUGUCCUCAUCUCUCAGAGAGGAAAUUUUGAUGACCAUGUGCUCCGGUCAUGUGAGAAAAGUUCCCAUCUUCCGAAACCGUGACGUAAAUUUCAUCAAUGCCAUUCUCCUGGAGCUGCAGUAUGAGGUCUUCCAGGAGGGUGACAUCAUCAUCUGUCGCAAUGGUCCUGGUGACCGCAUGUUUUUAAUUGAACAUGGGCAAGUCCGUGUGGAGAAUGAGUUCUUCCAGAGGGAACUGUGUGAUGGAGACUACUUUGGAGAGUCUUGUCUCCUAACAAGAGGAAGGCGUUUGGCCACAGUACAAGCUCUGACUAUCUGUCAGCUUUUUUCCUUGUCAGUGGACAGCUUUCGUCGUGUUCUGGAGGACUACCCUGACAUCAGGAGGGACCUGGAAAUAUCGCAAUCGGACAAAGACACUCUGUUAUGUUGACAAAGUAAUCAAUGACACAGUUUUGGAUCUGUAGUACACAAUUAACUUUUAAACAUUUAACAAUUGGCAUACUGCAUAUUUAACAUGAACAGAACUAUGCUGUCAAGUUCUUUAAAUUUGGAUAACUGAUUUUUAACAUCUUAUUAACAAAAUAAUGCUGUACAUUUUUUGAAAGCGGUAAUGUAACUUAAGGUAUAUUAUAUAACAGUCUUGAUAAUGUCAUGUUGUGUAAUGUUAAAUGCAUGUGAAAAUAUACCAGAAAUCUCAUCAGAUCACUUUCCCAAACACACAUAUAGACCCAGAGGCUAACCUACAUUCAUAGUGUGACGCAGGACACCCACACCAAGCCCCUCCUCCAACUUCUUUGGCUUGCAAUUGGUCAGAAAGAGCCUGGCUUUCCUUGGAUCAUUGUCUAUAGCAACAUAGAUACCAGGAGGUCUAAUCCAACUCUACUAUCAGCUGUGGAUGCAAGUAUUUUCCAAGGAGGAAGGUGUGUCUUGGUUGCAAGUAACCACAUUGGAAGGUCCUCACCUCUCUCCUUGGCCUCUGCUGCUACUGCCCAUGUCUCCACAGGAGGAUGCAUCAGGAAGGCCCUGCAUUAUUGUCAGUCAUAGUUUUGCUCUUAUCUUUUUAGGAUCUAAGCUAAGUUUAUAUUAGUAGUGCCUGAUCUUUGCCUAUCACAGAGGUCUCUGUGAAAAGUAAAUGUUUUUUUUUUUUUUAAGUAAAUCUUAAAGUGUGUGUGUGUGUGGGGGGGGGGGGGGUAGAUGAGUCCUAAGUUAACAGGGAGCUUUUUCAUUGCAUUCUGUUUUAUUGUUGAUCUUUGGUUCUGAAUGCUUUUUGUCAGGGUCAGACUACAUUUUCAUUGCUCUUAAGACAAAAUGUAAUGUAAGCACUUGUCUUCUUUUUCAAGGGUAGUAGAUGUAACCAUAUUAAUAAGACCUACAUAAAUCAACAUGCAUAUUAACUGUAUAUAGUUCCUCUUCAUUUUUGUUUUCUGUCUUUAAAAAUUUUAUUUGUUUAUAUUUUUUUUAAUUCCGAAGAGACUGCAAUAAACUAAUAUUGCUUUUUUUU